CUCAGUUUGAAAAAGUAAGGAGCGCCGCGAUGUCGUACAUGCUGCCGCACCUGUGCACGGGGUGGUCCGUGGACCAAGCCAUCAUGACCGAAGGGGACCGCGUGGUGGUGAUGCGCUUCGGCCAUGAUCACGACCCCGUGUGCAUGCAGAUGGACGAAGUGCUGUGCGGCGUGGCCGAGGACGUCAAGAACUUUGCCGUCAUCUACGUCGUGGACAUCACGGAAGUGCCCGACUUCAACACCAUGUACGAGCUGUACGACCCGUGCACCGUUAUGUUCUUCUACCGCAACAAGCACAUCAUGAUCGAUCUCGGGACGGGGAACAACAACAAGAUCAACUGGGCGUUCAACAACAAGAAGGAAAUGAUCGACAUUAUUGAAACGGUAUACCGCGGCGCGCGCAAAGGCCGCGGGCUGGUCAUCUCCCCCAAGGAUUACUCGACCAAGUACCGCUAUUAAGUUAACAAAGCACCUUGCUGUAUGGAGCACAGCAGGUUCUCUAUCGGUGGUCGAACGAAUGUACAUGCGUGCAAGUAUUACUAACGCGAAUCUAAUCGUUGUGCAUCUCCUCACAUAUCGAAGACCUGCAGCAGUACCGGUAGUCCUAGAACGACCUCCUCGAGGAGUGAAGAUAUUGGGGCAACAUUAGCUGGACAUAUUACUCUUCUUCCUGCUCUUGCGCGAACGGGUUGGCAAUCUCUUCGGUCCCGUCCACGGGGGAUAUCAGCAUCACAGACGUGCCUCGGCAUACCAGCAACCCCAACUCGCGCGUUUGCCCAGGGGUGUCCAAGUACUCGACCGCGUCAUCAAGGACCAAGUUGACCAGCUGAUCGUAUCCUUUCAGGUUGCCGCGCACUUCCCGUCCGCCUGCGAACUUGACUUGGACGCUCUGGUCGAUGUACUUCGCAAGGUCUAGGAUCGGAUCGCGCUUCGUCGCACUCAUCUCUCUUCUGGCCACGAACGCAAAAUGGCAUUC